GGGUGUUCUUCCCCACUCCCCCGCCCCGGUCGCCUGCCCCCUCCCUCUCGCUCCUACGCAAAUAAGAACUCGGCGAUUCCCCUCCAGCAGCUUUGAUUUCGGGCACCUCCACCAGAUAAUUGGGAAGGGUUUCCAGAAGGUGGGAAAUGUCACCUGAUUCACACUGAACUUUUAGAAGCUCCCCACCCCCAAGGAGCCGCGCACACCCUCGCUCGCGGCCGCCCUCCCACUGCCCCACACCCUGGGAGACCGCCCACCGCAAACCGCGGAGACCCCCGUCUAGAUUUAAAGCGCGGCUGCGCCCGGCUUCUGACGUCCAUUGAAUCGCGCGGGCGGCCGGCGGCGAGCGCGGGGCUGCGCCGGGAUCGCUGCGCCCUCCGCCGCUCGCCUCUGCGACGCGCGCCGCUUGCCCGAGCCACCCGCCGCCGCGCCCGCUCCCCGCGCCGCCGCGCUCCUCGCGCCGCGCCUGCCCCCAGGAUGGUCCGUCCCCGGCACCAGCCCGGCGGGCUCUGCCUCCUGCUGCUGCUGCUCUGCCAGUUCAUGGAGGACCGCAGUGCCCAGGCUGGGAACUGCUGGCUCCGCCAAGCAAAGAACGGCCGCUGCCAGGUCCUGUACAAGACAGAAUUGACCAAGGAGGAGUGCUGCAGCACCGGCCGCCUCAGCACCUCAUGGACCGAAGAGGACGUAAAUGACAACACGCUCUUCAAGUGGAUGAUUUUCAAUGGGGGCGCCCCCAACUGCAUCCCCUGUAAAGAAACGUGCGAGAACGUGGACUGUGGGCCCGGGAAAAAAUGCCGAAUGAACAAGAAGAACAAACCCCGCUGCGUCUGUGCCCCAGAUUGUUCUAACAUCACCUGGAAAGGCCCAGUCUGUGGGCUGGAUGGAAAAACCUACCGCAACGAAUGUGCACUCCUCAAGGCCAGAUGUAAAGAGCAGCCGGAACUGGAAGUCCAGUACCAGGGCAAAUGUAAAAAGACCUGUCGGGAUGUUUUCUGUCCAGGCAGCUCCACAUGCGUGGUGGACCAGACUAAUAAUGCCUACUGUGUGACAUGUAACCGCAUUUGCCCAGAGCCCACCUCCUCUGAACAGUAUCUCUGUGGGAAUGAUGGAGUAACCUACUCCAGUGCUUGUCACCUGAGAAAGGCUACCUGCCUACUGGGCAGGUCUAUUGGAUUGGCCUAUGAGGGAAAGUGUAUCAAAGCAAAGUCCUGUGAGGAUAUCCAGUGCACUGGUGGAAAAAAGUGUUUAUGGGAUUUCAAGGUUGGCAGAGGCCGGUGUUCCCUCUGCGAUGAGCUGUGCCCUGAGAGUAAGUCUGAGGAGCCUGUCUGUGCCAGUGACAAUGCCACCUACGCCAGCGAGUGUGCCAUGAAGGAAGCGGCCUGCUCCUCAGGCGUGCUGCUGGAAGUGAAGCACUCCGGAUCUUGCAACUCCAUUUCGGAAGACACCGAGGAAGAGGAGGAAGAUGAAGACCAGGACUACAGCUUUCCUAUAUCUUCCAUUCUAGAGUGGUAAACCCCUCCACCAAUGUUCAGUGUUGACAUAGCCUUUGGGCAAAAAAAAAAAAAAAAAGAAAAAUGAAAAGAAAAAGAAAAAAUAUAUUGUCCAUACUGUAAAUAAGUGUAUGCUUAUUUAUUUGGGGGGAAAACUAUACAUAAAGGACCUUUGUCCUAAAGCUCUCUCCCAGGCCACCUUGUUACUCAUUGGACCCGGAGAGGCAGUCAUUGUGAGGUCUACUGGAUGAGGCCCAUAGUUGAGACUUGUAGACAUUUAUUUAUACUGUGUCAUGUUUUAUAAUUUAUACAUAAAAUGUCUGGUUGACUGUACACCUUGUUUUUGAAGAAAUUUAUUCGUGAAAGGAAGAGCAGUUGUUAUUUAUUGUGAGGUCUCUUGCUUGUAAAGUAAAAGCUUUUUUUUUUCCUUGUAAACCAUUUAAGUCCAUUCCUUACUAUUCACUCACUCAUCUGUCUCCCUUCAUUUCACUGUUGUUAGACUCUUUUCCAUUAUAACAAACUUGCAUGUCAGUUUCUGUCAUGUUUAUUUAUUGGAUUCUCUGCUGCCUGUUCUGUACAUACAUGAUCCCUCAGGUUUUGUUUACAAGGAAUUUUGACUGACCAAAAGGCAUUAUAACUCUGACUCAGAUAGAAGGUACAGAGGAUACACCUUUGAGGAAAUUCCUACUUCUGUUCUCUGUUGUGAUGAAGACAUUUGUGAGAGGGGCUGAUAGCAACGUUGGGUUUCUAAUAAUGUACUUUUAAGAUGUUACAGAUCCAAAGAAAUUGAGUGAUAUGGGUGUCAGGAGCCUGAAGGAAGGGGAAUGCUACACAUUCAACCUUUUGUUAGGUGUUUCCUUUAAGCUAGUCUGCUGUACCUUUUAAAUUAGUCCUUUUCACCCAAUGUGUCAUGAAAAGUUAUAUCAAAGCUUUAUCAGUUCAAAUUUCUUGCUUUUCAUAAUACUUUUUUCUGAUGCAAUUUUAUAUUUUCAAACAUGGCAAGUUAAAUAUAAAUUCAUUUAAAUAUAUAGUUUUGUACUUUUCUACC